GAGGCGCGGGGACGCCGGGGUGGCUGCGAUGGUGGCCACGUGCCUGCAGGUUGUGGGCUUCGUCACGAGCUUCGUGGGUUGGAUCGGGAUCAUCGUCACCACGUCCACCAAUGACUGGGUGGUGACUUGCGGCUACACCAUCCCGACGUGCCGCAAGCUGGACGAGCUGGGCUCCAAGGGGCUGUGGGCGGACUGCGUCAUGGCCACGGGGCUGUACCACUGCAAGCCCCUGGUGGACAUCCUCAUCCUGCCGGGCUACGUGCAGGCCUGCCGAGCCCUGAUGAUCGCAGCCUCAGUCCUGGGCCUGCCGGCCAUUCUCCUGCUGCUGACAGUUCUCCCCUGCAUCCGCAUGGGCCAUGAGCCUGGCGUGGCCAAGUACAGGCGGGCCCAGCUGGCUGGGGUUCUGCUCAUUCUGCUGGCUCUCUGCGCCAUUGUUGCCACCAUCUGGUUCCCUGUGUGCGCCCACCGCGAGACCACCAUCGUGAGCUUUGGCUACUCCCUGUACGCCGGCUGGAUUGGUGCCAUUCUCUGCCUCGUGGGUGGCUCUGUCAUCCUCUGCUGCUCUGGAGAUGCGCAGGCCUUUGGUGAAAACCGUUUCUACUAUUCUUCGGGCUCCAGCUCCCCCACUCACGCCAAGAGUGCCCACGUAUAAGAGAGCUGCCGGCCUGCCCACGGAGGUGCUGUAGAUGCUGGGCCCAGGGCCCUAGGUUUGCUCACCACAGAUGGGAGAAGCCCAUUCCUCUGUCAGGCUCCGAAGCCAAAGGUCUAGAAAAGCAUCCUGUCUGGCAUUUUGUAGUCUUAACACCCUCUCCCAUUUUGUUGCCUUAAAAAAUAAAUCUUUAGCUCAGAUAA